AUGAAUGAAGAAGAUCGUCAAGCUCCGUCGCGGCUCUCCAAAGACAUCCAAGCAUCGCACGAAGAAUCAAUCAGGCCCCAAGAACUCACUCAUGAGCGAAUUAUUGAGAAGCGUCUAGUUCAUCGGAUAGAUUUUCAUAUCCUGCCACUGGUGAUCCUGGUCUAUUUGAUGAAUUACAUGGAUAGAAACAACUAUGCCUCAGCAAGGCUUCAAGGUCUUGAGACCGACCUUGGUCUUAAAAGGGACCAGUAUGAAAUUGGCCUUUCAGUUAUGUAUAUCAGCUACAUUCUCGCUCAAGUUCCCUCGAACCUCCUGUUAAACUAUUUCGGCCGCCCUUCCCUCUAUCUCGGUUUCUUCGUUCUCAGCUGGGGUCUGGUUGCAACGUUGAAUUCGCGGCGCACCGACUUUGGGGGCAUAGUUGCCUGCCGUUUUAUGCUUGGUCUUGAUGAACUGAAUCUGCGAAUGAUGAUUUUCUAUUCUGGCUCCUUGAUAUUGGGAGCAUUUGGCAACUUGAUUGCCGCCGGGAUCCUCAAUGGACUAUCAAGGAAGCGAGGGUUAGCUGCUUGGCAAUGGUUGUAUGUGAUUGAGGAUUCUAUCACGAUGUUUUUCGGCAUACUUGUGUUAUUCUUGUUGCCAGACUUUCCUCAGACAUGGCGUCUUCUAACCGAAGAGGAAAAGCUCGUGGCCAACCGUCGGAUGGCUCUUGAUACAGCAGAUGUAGACGUCGAUGAAGAAAGCGCGAUGGCCCAGCUCAAGGGUCUCAAGUUGGCGGUCACCGAUAUCAAGACCUGGAUCCUGGCUUUUACCUACAUGGCUAUUACCGGUGCCGCUGGAUUUCAAAACUUUUUUCCUACAUUAACGGCUACCCUAGACUACAGUCACAUUAUCUCUCUACUACUAGUGGCUCCUCCCUAUGUUUUCAUGAUGUUCUGGAGCUACAUGCAUGGAGCUUUGUCUGACCGGCUGGAGAAGCGAUUCUGGUUUUUUAUGUACCCGAUUCCCCUCACAGUCGCCGGCUUCGUAAUAUUCAUGACAGUGGAUGAAUUUGGUCCCAAAUAUUUCUCAUUCUUUCUUGUCAUUUUUGUCUUUGCCAUGAACAGUACGCUGUUUACCUGGAUCGCGAUCUCAAUCCCUCGCCCUCCUGCUAAAAGGGCCGCGGCUAUUGCGAUCAUUAAUGGUGCCGGCCUUCAAAUUGUUGCCGCAGGGCUUGCUUGGUGGCUGCGAUUUCUUUUGGACCGCGAGAACAAGUUGUUGGAAAUAUUUGAGGAUGAGAAUGCAGCAUUGCCCGGGACGGAAAUAGACAAACUGCGACAGCUGGCCAUUGUUGAAGCUGUUGAUAUUGAUACUGCAACGCAACUCCGAAAGGGAUUCCGAUAUAUAAUAUAG